ACGCAGAGAGCCGUGCAUUUUGUUUUCUUUUCUCCUUGUCUCCUUUUCUCCUUUUCUUUUUGUUAUUACGAGAAAAGAUUUUUUGUUUAUCAGGAUUAGGGAUUUCCCUAACAAGGAAAAAGGAAAUGGAUAUCUAUUAUUAAUCGGAUUCUUCAAGGCACUCUAUAUUUUUCUCCUUGUUCUUCUUCUGCUCUUGUUUUUCCGCCGAACCUAUCUUCCCUGAAAUGCAACCUCUCUUGGAGGUUCUGGACUUGUUUCAUUCUCACCCGAUAUCCUUUUAUCCUUCGCAAGUAUCAUCAGUAUCUCUUUCAAAGCGAAGCCCUGAUAUUGAUGUUGAGAAUAGUUUUGCUGUUCGAAAGCAUCAGAAGCCGAAAAUCAAGUGGCUUUUUGGAGAAAAUAUUGAAUCUCUGUAACCUCAUCGUGUUCUAUUGAAGGAGGGUUUAUUACGCAGAAUCCUUUAUUUGUUCUGGGUAUCCAUGAAAGGAAAUCCAGUUUUUCGCCGACCCUUUUUUGCUUUUUAGAGUUAUUAUGGAUCCUAAUUCAGAAAUCCAUGAAAUUAGCUCUGACGAAGACGGUACAUGGGACGAAGGCAGUGACGAUAAUCUCGAUUGGAUUUCGGAACUGCUUGAUCCCGAUGGCGGUGAAACAGAAGAUUCUGACGAUGUGGUGUUUAUGGGCGAGAUUCAGAUUUCUAAGCCUACGGACAGAGUGAAACCGGUCUCUGGGGAUGUUUUUGAUGAUGAUUGCACUAUUUUGGAGACCGACCCUGAUAAUCCAGUUGCAGUUGAAAAUGACUCAGCAGAUGGAUCGGAUGAGUUGCUUAUUGUCGGUGAAAAGGGACAGCUAGCGUGCAGAGACUUCCCUCACCCACGACACCUGUGUGCUAAAUUCCCCUUCAGCUCGACUCCACAUGACAAGUACUGUGACCUGUGCCACUGUUACGUCUGUGACUCGCAUGCACCAUGCAGUGACUGGGGCACUGGUGUUUGUACUACCGACCAUUGUCAUUCCAACGAUAAAGAGGAGGAAUGGAAGUUACAGAGGAAAUUUUUCAAGCAAGGCAAAUUACCAUCAACACCAGGCCAGAAGCUUCCUAAUAAUACUCUUCCAAUGAUGCCUGCCUUGCCCAACCAAACUCCAGCAUUCAAUCUGUUGCAACUCCCCAACAGUGGUUCUGUAACGCAUUCUGUCUAUUCACCCUCUCUCUCUGCUUGCUCCUUGACGACCAGUUUUGGUGUGCCUAGUAUCAUAGGCCACAGAAGUAAUCAGUGUCCAGGACUAACCCUAAACAGAAACAGAUGCCCACAGAAUUUAAGCAGAUCGUCGUUGAUGCCUGGUACACAUAACCUCAUUCGAAGAGAGAGAAACGAGAUUGUUGGUGCUUUGGGACCUCAAUUCACUACACAGCGGUUUAAAAGGGUGGGGUCUGUGCCAACCGUUUUCCCAAUGGACCAACAUGGAUAUGGUUCAUCUAAUAGCAGAAAUUCAUACAAAUCACAUCCACUGAAGAACCAACAUCCAUUGGUUUUGCUAAAUCACGAUAUUAAUGUGAGCUGGCAGGACAUUCUUGCAGGAAGUGAUCCGAACUUUGGUUCCUGCGAGAGUAACUCCCAGCCAAAUACUGGCAGCAACUUCACAGAAUUUCAGUUAUAUACUACUGCUCAAACCCAUGUAUAUGGUCAGCACAUUCCUCAAUCAGUUGGGGACCAAAAUUUGGACCAACAUGAGAAUCCAGCUCCAGUUGCUGUAAAUCCUAGUGUGCUGGACUUCAACUCAGUUUGGAUGGAUGGUUCAACCCAGGGUGCUAAACAUUCCACAUCAGAAGCUUCCCAAAUUCAAGGUGUACAACCAAUAUCUGACCUGCUAAAUGACCAAAGUUUUUACCAGAAUGAAAGUCUGCCGGUUAGUGCUUCCAAUCCCCAUUAUACUGGGAUCCCAAAUCCAGGUUCAUCGGAUUUGGAAAACUGGCGUAGUUCUCUGGACUAUGAUGAGUCCGAUUCAGGGAUUGCAAAAGAUUCCAUGCCAUGUGAACUGGAUUUUGUGCCUCUCCCGCCCAGCCCUGUAGAGCCAGCCAUGCUUUAUUAUGAUAUGGAAAGCUCUUGGAAUCUUGCACAUGUCUAGCAAAUUCAUCAGAUUUUUAUUGCUAGUUUGGGAAUCAGGUAAGGAGCCUAACCUUUUUUUUUUGGGUGAAUAGCCAACCUUAUUUUCACUAUCAGGAAUUUUAGGUUCGGUUGUUUUAGAAGCUGAGGGGGCAGGUCUAACCUGAUCACCUUGACAAUUCAAUAUAGUUUGUACUUUGUACAGGAUUUGGUGGUCUUGCAAUGAGUAUAAUUGUUAUAAACUUAGUACUUAAAA